AUGGACGUGAAGGAGAGGAAGCCCUACCGUUCCCUUACCCGGCGCCGUGAUGCUGAGCGUCGUUACACCAGCUCCUCCGCCGAUAGCGAGGAGGGCAAAACCCCGCAAAAGUCCUACAGCUCCAGUGAGACCCUGAAGGCCUACGACCAGGAAGCCCGCCUGGCAUAUGGCAACCGCGUCAAGGACAUGGUACCGCAGGAGGCUGAGGAAUUCUGCCGUGCAGGUGCCAACUUCAGCCUACGUGAGCUGGGGCUGGGAGAGGUGACACCUCCUCAUGGGACCCUGUACCGGACAGACAUCGGCCUUCCUCACUGCGGCUACUCCAUGGGGGCGAGCUCAGAUGCCGACAUGGAGGCUGACACCGUUCUGUCCCCCGAGCACCCAGUGCGGCUGUGGGGCCGAAGCACACGGUCAGGGCGCAGCUCCUGCCUGUCCAGUCGAGCCAACUCCAACCUCACACUCACCGACACAGAGCAUGAGAACACAGAGACUGGUGCUCCCUUGCAUUGUUCGUCUGCUUCAUCAACCCCUAUUGAGCAGUCCCCCUCCCCGCCCCCCUCCCCUCCGGCCAAUGAGAGCCAGAGGCGGUUGCUAGGCAACGGUGUGGCCCAGCCAACCCCGGACUCAGACUCUGAGGAAGAGUUUGUCCCUAAUUCAUUCUUAGUUAAAAGUGGCUCCGCCAGCCUGGGGGUCGCAACGAACGAUCACCCUGGCGGCCUGCAGAACCACCCACGGCUCCGGACACCACCACCUCCACUCUCGCACGCCCACACCCCCAACCAGCACCACGCGGCCUCCAUCAAUUCCCUGAACCGGGGCAACUUCACUCCCAGGAGCAACCCCAGCCCAGCUCCCACGGACCACUCGCUCUCUGGAGAGCCCCCAACCAGCGGUGGGGCCCCGCCAGAGCCACCGGCACAUGCUCAGGACAACUGGCUACUCAACAGCAACAUCCCCCUGGAGACCAGAAACCUAGGCAAGCAGCCAUUCCUAGGGACAUUGCAGGACAACCUCAUUGAGAUGGACAUUCUCAGCGCCUCCCGCCAUGAUGGGGCUUACAGUGACGGACACUUCCUCUUCAAGCCUGGAGGCACCUCCCCACUCUUCUGCACCACGUCGCCAGGGUACCCCCUGACAUCCAGCACAGUGUACUCACCCCCGCCCCGCCCCCUGCCCCGCAGCACCUUUGCCCGGCCAGCCUUCAACCUCAAGAAGCCCUCCAAGUACUGCAACUGGAAGUGUGCGGCCCUGAGUGCCAUUAUCAUCUCAGCCACACUGGUCAUUCUCCUGGCAUACUUUGUGGCCAUGCACCUGUUUGGCCUAAACUGGCACCUGCAGCCGAUGGAGGGGCAGAUGUAUGAGAUCACGGAGGAUACAGCCAGCAGUUGGCCUGUGCCAACGGACGUCUCCCUAUAUCCCUCAGGGGGCACUGGCUUAGAGACCCCUGACAGGAAAGGCAAAGGAGCCACAGAAGGAAAGCCCAGUAGCUCCUUUUCAGAGGACAGUUUUAUAGACUCUGGAGAAAUCGACGUUGGGAGACGGGCCUCACAGAAGAUUCCUCCUGGCACUUUCUGGAGAUCUCAGGUGUUCAUUGACCAUCCUGUGCACCUGAAAUUCAACGUGUCUCUGGGGAAGGCAGCCCUGGUUGGCAUUUACGGCAGGAAAGGCCUCCCUCCUUCACACACGCAGUUUGACUUUGUGGAACUACUGGAUGGAAGAAGGCUGCUGACCCAGGAAGCACGGAGCCUGGAGGGACCCCAGCGCCAGUCUCGGGGCGUUGUACCCCCCUCCAGCCAUGAGACAGGCUUCAUCCAGUACCUGGACUCGGGAAUCUGGCACCUGGCUUUUUACAACGACGGGAAGGAGUCUGAAGUGGUUUCUUUUCUCACCACGGCAAUUGAGUCGGUGGAGAGCUGUCCCAGCAACUGCUAUGGCAACGGUGACUGCAUCUCCGGCACCUGCCACUGCUUCCUGGGUUUUCUGGGUCCAGACUGCGGCCGAGCCUCCUGCCCAGUGCUGUGUAGCGGGAAUGGCCAGUACAUGAAGGGCAGGUGCUUGUGCCACAGCGGUUGGAAGGGUGCCGAGUGCGAUGUUCCCACCAACCAGUGUAUCGACGUGGCCUGCAGCAACCAUGGCACCUGCAUCAUGGGCACCUGCAUUUGCAACCCUGGCUACAAGGGCGAGAGCUGUGAGGAAGUGGACUGCAUGGACCCUACCUGCUCCGGCCGGGGUGUCUGCGUGCGAGGCGAGUGUCACUGCUCCGUGGGAUGGGGAGGCACCAACUGUGAAACGCCCAGGGCCACGUGCUUGGACCAGUGUUCAGGCCACGGGACCUUCCUCCCAGACACCGGGCUUUGCAGCUGUGACCCAAGCUGGACUGGACACGACUGUUCUAUCGAGAUCUGUGCUGCUGACUGUGGGGGCCAUGGUGUGUGCGUGGGGGGCACGUGCCGCUGUGAGGAUGGCUGGAUGGGGGCAGCGUGCGACCAGCGGGCCUGCCACCCACGCUGCGCUGAGCAUGGGACCUGCCGUGACGGCAAGUGCGAGUGUAGCCCCGGCUGGAAUGGCGAGCACUGCACCAUCGAGGGUUGCCCUGGGCUGUGCAAUGGGAAUGGCAGAUGUACCUUGGACCUCAAUGGGUGGCACUGUGUCUGUCAGCUGGGCUGGAGAGGAGCUGGCUGUGACACUUCCAUGGAAACCGCCUGUGGUGACAGCAAAGAUAAUGAUGGAGAUGGCUUGGUGGACUGCAUGGACCCUGACUGCUGCCUCCAGCCGCUCUGUCACAUCAACCCCCUGUGUCUGGGCUCCCCUGACCCACUGGACAUCAUCCAGGAGACCCAGGCCCCUGUGUCCCAGCAGAACCUCCAUUCCUUCUAUGACCGCAUCAAGUUCCUCGUGGGCAAGGACAGCACACAUGUCAUCCCUGGGGAGAACCCCUUUGAUGGAGGGCACACGUGUGUCAUUCGUGGCCAAGUGAUGACAUCAGAUGGGACCCCCCUGGUUGGUGUGAACAUCAGUUUCGUCAAUAACCCUCUCUUCGGGUACACAAUCAGCAGGCAGGAUGGCAGCUUUGACCUGGUCACCCACGGAGGCAUUUCCAUCGUCCUGCGCUUCGAGCGUGCACCGUUCAUCACCCAAGAGCACACCCUCUGGCUCCCGUGGGAUCGCUUCUUCGUCAUGGAAACCAUCACCAUGCGCCACGAGGAAAAUGAGAUUCCCAGCUGUGACCUGAGCAGCUUUGCCCGCCCCCACCCCGUCGUCUCUCCCUCCCCGCUGACGUCCUUCGCCAGCUCCUGUGCAGAGAAAGGCCCCAUUGUGCCAGAAAUUCAGGCUCUGCAAGAGGAGAUCGCCAUCUCAGGCUGCAAGAUGCGGCUGAGCUACCUGAGCAGCCGCACCGCUGGCUACAAGUCCGUGUUGAGGAUCAGCCUCACCCACCCCACCAUCCCCUUCAACCUCAUGAAGGUCCACCUCAUGGUGGCUGUGGAGGGCCGCCUCUUCAGGAAGUGGUUUGCUGCUGCCCCAGACCUGUCCUACUAUUUUAUCUGGGACAAGACGGACGUCUACAACCAGAAGGUGUUUGGACUCUCAGAAGCUUUCGUUUCCGUGGGUUAUGAGUAUGAAUCCUGCCCAGACCUGAUCCUGUGGGAAAAAAGAACAGCCAUGCUGCAGGGAUAUGAAAUCGAUGCAUCCAAGCUGGGGGGCUGGAGCCUGGACAAGCAUCAUGCCCUCAACAUCCAAAGUGGAAUCCUGCACAAAGGAAACGGGGAGAACCAGUUUGUGUCCCAGCAGCCCCCUGUCAUUGGAAGCAUCAUGGGCAAUGGGCGCCGGAGGAGCAUUUCCUGUCCCAGCUGCAACGGCCUCGCUGAUGGCAACAAGCUCCUGGCUCCCGUGGCUCUCACCUGCAGCUCUGAUGGGAGCCUCUAUGUGGGUGACUUCAACUACAUCCGCAGGAUCUUCCCUUCCGGAAAUGUCACCAACAUCCUGGAGCUAAGCCACAGUCCAGCCCAUAAAUACUAUCUGACCACGGACCCCAUGAGUGGGGCUGUCUUCCUGUCCGACACCAACAGCCGGCGCGUCUUUAAGAUCAAGUCCACCACAGUGGUGAAGGACCUUGUCAAGAAUGCAGAGGUGGUGGCAGGCACAGGAGACCAAUGCCUUCCCUUCGAUGACACGCGUUGCGGAGAUGGCGGCAAGGCCACAGAAGCCACACUCACCAACCCCAGGGGCAUCACAGUGGACAAGUUCGGGCUGAUUUACUUUGUGGACGGCACCAUGAUCAGACGAAUCGACCAGAAUGGGAUCAUCUCCACUCUGCUGGGCUCCAAUGACCUCACGUCAGCCCGACCGCUCAGCUGUGAUUCUGUCAUGGAUAUCUCUCAGGUUCGCCUGGAAUGGCCCACAGAUUUGGCCGUCAAUCCAAUGGACAACUCUCUCUACGUCCUCGACAACAAUGUGGUCCUGCAAAUCUCUGAGAACCACCAGGUGCGCAUCGUGGCUGGGAGGCCCAUGCACUGCCAGGUCCCCGGCAUCGACCACUUCCUGCUGAGUAAGGUGGCCAUCCAUGCAACCCUGGAGUCAGCCACUGCACUGGCUGUAUCACACAAUGGGGUCCUGUACAUCGCUGAGACAGAUGAGAAAAAGAUCCACCGCAUCAGGCAGGUAACCACAAGUGGCGAGAUAUCACUUGUUGCUGGGGCGCCCAGUGGCUGUGACUGUAAAAAUGAUGCCAACUGUGACUGUUUCUCUGGAGAUGACGGGUAUGCCAAGGAUGCCAAGCUGAAUACCCCGUCUUCCUUGGCUGUGUGUGCUGAUGGGGAGCUCUACGUGGCAGACCUCGGGAAUAUUCGAAUUCGGUUUAUCCGCAAGAACAAGCCCUUCCUGAAUACCCAGAAUAUGUAUGAACUGUCCUCACCCAUUGACCAGGAACUCUACCUUUUUGAUACCAGUGGCAAACAUCUAUAUACCCAGAGCCUGCCCACGGGAGACUUCCUGUACAACUUCACCUACACUGGCGACGGUGACGUCACGCUCAUCACAGACAACAACGGCAACAUGGUGAACGUGCGCCGGGACUCCACUGGGAUGCCCCUCUGGCUGGUGGUCCCAGAUGGCCAGGUGUACUGGGUGACCAUGGGGACCAACAGCGCACUCAAGAGCGUGACCACACAAGGACACGAGUUGGCUAUGAUGACCUACCAUGGCAAUUCUGGCCUUCUGGCAACCAAAAGCAAUGAGAAUGGAUGGACAACGUUUUAUGAGUACGACAGCUUUGGCCGCUUGACAAAUGUGACCUUCCCUACUGGCCAGGUGAGCAGUUUCCGAAGCGAUACAGACAGCUCUGUGCACGUCCAAGUCGAAACUUCCAGCAAGGAUGACAUCACCAUCACUACCAACCUGUCAGCCUCAGGGGCCUUCUACACGCUGCUGCAAGACCAAGUGCGUAACAGCUACUACAUCGGGGCGGAUGGCUCCCUGCGGCUGCUGUUGGCCAAUGGCAUGGAGGUGGCACUGCAGACGGAGCCCCACCUGCUGGCGGGCACCGUGAACCCCACCGUGGGCAAGAGGAACGUCACCCUGCCCAUUGACAAUGGUCUCAACCUCGUGGAGUGGCGGCAGCGCAAGGAGCAGGCUCGGGGCCAGGUCACUGUCUUUGGGCGCCGGCUGCGGGUUCACAACCGGAACCUCCUGUCCCUGGACUUCGACCGUGUGACACGCACAGAGAAGAUCUAUGAUGACCACCGCAAGUUCACGCUUCGGAUCCUGUAUGACCAGGCAGGGCGGCCCAGCCUUUGGUCGCCAAGCAGCAGGUUGAAUGGUGUCAAUGUCACAUACUCCCCUGGGGGCCACAUUGCCGGCAUCCAACGGGGCAUCAUGUCGGAGAGAAUGGAAUAUGACCAGGCGGGCCGCAUCACAUCCAGAAUCUUUGCCGAUGGGAAGACAUGGAGCUACACAUACUUAGAGAAGUCCAUGGUGCUGCUGCUGCACAGCCAGCGACAGUAUAUCUUCGAGUUUGACAAGAAUGACCGCCUGUCAUCCGUGACAAUGCCCAAUGUGGCCCGGCAGACACUGGAGACCAUCCGCUCUGUGGGUUACUACAGGAACAUCUACCAGCCCCCCGAGGGCAAUGCUUCGGUCAUCCAGGACUUCACGGAGGAUGGGCACCUGCUCCACACCUUCUACCUGGGCACCGGCCGCAGGGUGAUCUACAAGUAUGGGAAGCUGUCAAAGCUGGCUGAGACCCUAUACGACACCACCAAGGUGAGCUUCACCUAUGAUGAGACAGCGGGCAUGCUGAAGACCAUCAACCUGCAGAACGAAGGCUUCACCUGCACCAUCCGCUACCGACAGAUCGGGCCCCUGAUUGACCGGCAGAUCUUCCGCUUCACCGAGGAGGGUAUGGUCAAUGCCCGCUUCGACUACAACUAUGACAACAGCUUCCGGGUGACAAGCAUGCAGGCUGUGAUCAAUGAGACACCACUGCCCAUCGACCUCUACCGCUAUGAUGAUGUGUCCGGCAAGACAGAGCAGUUUGGGAAAUUCGGCGUCAUCUACUAUGACAUCAACCAGAUCAUCACCACAGCAGUUAUGACCCACACAAAACACUUCGAUGCUUAUGGCCGGAUGAAGGAGGUGCAGUAUGAGAUCUUCCGCUCACUCAUGUACUGGAUGACUGUCCAGUAUGACAACAUGGGGCGGGUGGUGAAGAAGGAGCUAAAGGUGGGACCCUACGCAAACACCACCCGCUACUCCUACGAGUAUGAUGCCGAUGGGCAGCUGCAGACGGUCUCCAUCAAUGACAAACCACUCUGGCGCUACAGCUAUGACCUCAACGGAAACCUGCACCUGCUGAGCCCGGGCAACAGUGCCCGACUCACCCCACUGCGGUAUGACCUCCGGGAUCGCAUCACCAGGCUAGGUGAUGUGCAGUACAAGAUGGAUGAAGAUGGCUUCCUGAGGCAGCGGGGUGGCGAUGUCUUCGAGUACAAUUCAGCAGGUCUGCUCAUGAAGGCCUACAAUCGGGCCAGUGGCUGGAGCGUCAGGUACCGCUACGAUGGCCUGGGCCGCCGGGUGUCCAGCAAGAGCAGCCACAGCCACCAUCUGCAGUUCUUCUAUGCAGACCUGACGAACCCCACCAAGGUCACCCACCUCUACAACCACUCCAGCUCAGAGAUCACCUCACUCUACUAUGACCUACAGGGCCACCUCUUUGCCAUGGAGCUGAGCAGUGGCGAUGAGUUUUAUAUUGCUUGCGACAACAUUGGCACGCCCCUUGCAGUCUUCAGCGGCACGGGACUGAUGAUCAAGCAGAUCCUGUACACAGCCUAUGGGGAGAUCUACAUGGACACCAACCCCCACUUCCAGAUCAUCAUCGGCUACCACGGUGGUCUCUACGAUCCACUCACCAAGCUCGUGCACAUGGGCCGCCGGGACUACGACGUGCUGGCUGGACGCUGGACCAGCCCGGACCACGAGCUCUGGAAGCACCUGAGCAGCAGCAACAUCAUGCCCUUCAACCUCUACAUGUUCAAAAACAACAACCCUAUCAGCAAUUCCCAGGACAUCAAGUGCUUUAUGACAGAUGUCAACAGCUGGCUGCUCACCUUUGGAUUCCAGCUGCACAACGUGAUCCCUGGCUAUCCACCGCCAGACACAGACGCCAUGGAGCCAUCCUACGAGCUCGUCCACACACAGAUGAAAACACAGGAGUGGGACAACAGCAAGUCUAUCCUCGGAGUACAGUGUGAAGUGCAAAAGCAACUCAAGGCCUUCGUCACCUUAGAACGCUUUGACCAGCUGUAUGGCUCUAGCAUCACCAGCUGCCAGCAGGGCCCCAAGACCAAGAGAUUUGCUUCCAGCGGCUCAGUCUUUGGCAAGGGGGUCAAGUUUGCCCUGAAGGAUGGCCGAGUGACCACAGAUAUCAUCAGCGUGGCCAACGAAGAUGGGCGGAGGGUGGCUGCCAUCCUGAACAAUGCCCACUACCUGGAGAACCUGCACUUCACCAUCGGCGGUGUGGACACCCACUACUUUGUGAAAACGGGGCCUUCUGAAGGCGACCUGGCCAUCCUGGGCCUCAGCGGGGGGCAGCGAACCCUGGAGAACGGGGUCAAUGUCACCGUGUCCCAGAUCAACACAAUGCUCAACGGUAGGACUAGACGCUACACAGACAUCCAGCUCCAGUACGGGGCACUGUGCCUGAACACCCGCUAUGGGACGACAGUGGACGAGGAGAAGGCGCGGGUGCUGGAGCUGGCGCGGCAGAGGGCUGUGCGCCAGGCCUGGGCCCGUGAGCAGCAGCGACUGCGGGAAGGGGAGGAAGGCCUACGGGCCUGGACCGAGGGGGAGAAGCAGCAGGUGCUGAACACGGGGCGGGUACAGGGCUACGACGGUUUCUUCGUCAUCUCCGUCGAACAGUACCCAGAACUGUCCGACAGCGCCAACAACAUCCACUUCAUGAGACAGAGCGAGAUGGGCCGAAGGUGACAGAGAGGGCCAAGGCCUGGACUUCUUGCCAAAGACAGCUACUCUUUUGUGGCCACGUACCUGACUGUGUUGUACUCAGAAAAACAAAACAAAAACAUUUUUUUAACAAGUGCAGAAAACGGAGAAAAAAAAAGAUACUGGUUGCAUUGUAAUUCAUGCAACAUCCUUUUUUUUAAAGAAAAAAAAAACACAAAUUUGGCCUUCACACAUUUUUUUGCAAAGAACAGAAGGUAUUUUUUUCUGUAGUGUGAUCGCAAUGAAAACUCUAUUGUCUUUUGUCCCCCUUUUUCCUUGAGGAAUUCUUCCUUGUUGUUUGGGGUCCAUCUCCAGGGGAAGGGGGUGUCCCUCGUAUGUCCCGAGGUCCCGCAUGUUAUGUGGGACUUGAAAGUCUGUGCUGACUCGUCUUGUGUGCAGCCCUUUCUGCUUCGUUUGGGCAGGAGUGCAGGGUGUGGAAACCUGUGGGCCAAUGCCGCACCCCUUCUGAGGGGAACAGGCCCUAAGGACCCAGGGCCCUUGGACAAGGCUCUGGCAGACAAAAGGUGGAUUUGUAUUUCCGGGUGCUGUACCUCCAAAGGACUCUAGGGGAGUCUCAUGAUGUCAUCCAUCAAGCUACCCCCACCUCCUGCCCAAGCUUUCUGUGUUGAUGCUCAGUGAGACCCCUGCCCCUUCUGCAAAUCCUGUGUCAUUGUCGGUGCCACUCUCAUGCUGGGAUAGACAAAGUGUUUCCUGGGUCCUU